UUUUUUGAAACUUGUAUAUGUUGACCAUAAGGCGCGACAAAAAUACAUAGUUGAUUGUGUUUGUGUGUAACGUUACUCGUUCAAUUUAACGGGAGCUGAUUCAUUGAACGUGUUUCAGUGUUUUGUUUUUCGCUAAAACGAGAAUAAAAAUGGACUUGGAUUCCAUGAAGUAUUCCGAAUUGCGCAGUCUUGCGAAGGAGGUUGGUCUCAAAUCCUCCAAACUGAAGGCUGAUAAGCUUCUGAAGGCGCUCAGGGAGUAUUUCCAACAACACACGCAGGAAGAUGUUGCAGUGGACCAGGGAGGUGAGACUGGUGUUGAUGCACAGGAUAACACGGUUAACAGCAACUCAACUCAGGAUGAAAACAAUUCAGCGCUGGUUGAUGAGCUGUCACCAAAACCUCCAACUCAGGAGUUUGUGACCAAACGUCGUGGUAGAGGGCAACCGAAAAUGAGGAAGGAGCAUGAAGAUGAGGAGGCAGAAUGUGAACCUGCCAAAGCGCCGCUCACCCCGGCUGAGGUGACUGAAUCCAUCAUCGGCAAAGGGAGUUCCAAGAGAAGGAGAGUGUCUGCUGCUAAGGAUUCUGGGGUGGCUGUGCCAGAACCUGAACACAAAGUUGCAGCAGUGAUGUUCGGAGUGGGACAGAAGGUGGGGAAGCCAGUAGGAAAGAUCCCUCGCCACGAGGGGCUCCUGAAGAGGACUAAGUCUAUGUUGAAGCCUACUACACCAAACUUCAGAAAGCUCCACGAGGCCCAUUUCAAGAAGAUGGAGUCCAUUGACUCAUACGUGGACAGGAAGACCAAGAAAAUGGAUUCGUUCCGGAAUUCAGUGAAUGAAUUGAAGAGCUCAACCUCGAGCCGCGUCUCCCUGUUCAGCCCUGCAUCCCAGAAACCAGCUACCGACAGACGUAGACUUACCCAGGUUUCAGCCAGCAAACCAGCUCCUGACAAACGUAGAAUCUCGGCCAGAAAACCCCCCCAGAAGGACACUGUUGUCCCAUUCAGACCCACAGUCUUGUCCACACGCCGGAUCAACGUUCGGUUCUCUCAAGCUACUCAGGAUAAUGAGCACAAGAAGACUAUGGUGAAGACGCCAGCACGCAUGGCACCCCGCGUGGACCUCACUCCUGGGAAAGAGACUACAUUUAGAGGGAAAUCUGAAGUCAACAAGACCGUUGUUCUCUCCAGCGCUAAGACACCAGCGUUUGUGUUUAAUGCAAACACCAGUGUUCUUUCUAACUGUCCCGAAACCAACAAGAAGGCCAACUUUGAUCUGAAGGCCAGUCUCUCGAAGACUCUCACCUAUAAGCCUCAUAAGGGAAAGCUGAAGCCAUUCAUGGUGGCCCAAGAGAACACGGUGGACCAGUCUGUUCCCUCCCACCAGAAGAACUACAAACAGCAUUCGGUUCAGACAAGGGAGGAAAGGAGGACAAAACAGACUGAAGACAGGAAGCAGAAGAAAGAGAAGGUGCUGGGAGCCAGACGAGGCCUCGUCUUGACCUGAUUAUUCUACACUUACUUUUUCUCUUGUGAAGUUUAAACUCUUGUCAUUUCAGACCUGCUGAUUGGUUCCUAUUUCACUUUACCCUUUUCCUCUACUUUGACUUUCAGUUCCAACCUGUUUUUGAUACUUUUUCUCUUGUGAAGUUUAAACUCUUGUCAUUUCAGACCUGCUGAUUGGUUCCUAUUUCACUUUACCCUUUUCCUCUACUUUGACUUUCAGUUCCAACCUGUUUUUGAUUGUUCGAUUUUUUUUUUUUAGAUUCACUUAUAACAACGUUUAAUAAAUGUUUUUAUUAACUUUAGUAUGGUACAAAUAAUGUUUCAUAUUUUGUAUACAUACCUGUGUCGUUUUGUAGACAUUUACGUAACAUUUUGAGUCCCACACGCUUCGAACACACAGACAGUGUCCUUGGUUACUGGCCCCCUGUGCAAAAUGGUACGCAGCAUCAUCUGAUUUAUGUAUGCAACGAAAGGUCAACAUUCUCCUUCUGCUACCAUUUCUGUCGAGCCGUUUACAGCCUACAGUUUGACAAAUCCAACGUACGCACCACACCCAACGCAAUGCUGCAAGACAAACUCAGCUUCUUCAAUGGAAAUCAAUGUAAUUCUGGUGUACCAUAAUGUAAACUGCUGUUGGUGUGAUCGAAGCGUAUUCCCCUCUUCUCUGUGCUGGCUCCUCCCCCUAUGGGAAUCAAACCCACAACCCUGACGUUGUAAGCGCCAUGCUAUACAACUGAGCUACACGGGAAGUUAGACUCUGUAGAAUCACAAGCCUAAAGUACAGCGGGCAUAUGAAUUAGUUUUAUUUGUCUCUUGUGUUUUUAGUGGGAUACAGGCUCUAUUCUGUCGUCAGAGAGCAGCUCUGAACUCUUUAUGCAGCCUCCAGCUCUCAGGUCUUUGUUCAGCCAGCCAGGGAGCGAGCCAGCCAGCCAGCCAGCCAGCUAGGGAGCCAGCCAGCCAGCCAGUCGUAAAUAUUUUGUACAGUUUGGUCAUAUUUGUUAUUCAUGUGAAUUGUAUUAUUAUUAUUUUUUUUAUACCAUUUUGAAUUUAGCUGAUGUAAAGGCAAUGUAAAAUACCAGUAGUAAAAAUGUUUUUCCCAAA